AUGUCCCCAUCUUCACCUGCCGGCUCAUCCUCCUCGUCCCUCUCUGAGGGGUAUACAAACGUCUUACUGGCUUUACCGGAUGGGACGAUACCACCAGAUCAUUCGGAUCUACGAUCACAUACGGUAUCCUUGAUAGGUGGUUACCCUACUUUCCCACCUUUGCCCAAUACCGCACAGAUACCGCAAGACAUCAUCUGUAAAGUCUGCAAGAGGUCUAUGCCCCUUCUUGCGCAGGUGUAUUGCCCUUUGGAGAAUGGCGAAAACGAUAGGACAGUAUAUGUGUUCGCUUGUUCAAAAGCGGGCUGUCAGAAGAAGGAUGGAAGUAUAAGAGCCUUUAGAGCUUCGAUACGGAAUGAGGAGUAUGUCAAGGAUGUAGAGGAAAAGAGGAAGGCCGCCGAAGCCGAAGCUGAGAAAGAGAGAGAGAAGGCGAGGAAGAACCCUUUUACGCUUGCUACUGAUGAUCAGCCGAAUGGUUCUACCCUCUUUGGUUCGGCUCAACCACUUUUCGGUGCUGCCUUAUCUAAUCCUUUCGCACCGACAUCUCCACCAUCUGCUCCAGUUCCACCUUCGACAGACUCAGCCACCGCAGAUCUAUUCAAAUUAUCCAUAUCCCCUUCUCCAUCUUCAUCCACCACGUUAUCGCCUCCUAUACCAGCUUAUCAGCCUGCGCAGUACCUCACGACCAUCGACGAGUACCUUCCACCACCCGACGAAGUGGAGUACGAAUCUUCAGAUGAUGACGAUGAGAAUGCAGAUGAAGAGCUCAAAGGUGUCAUGAUGGAUGAUAAUCUAGAAAGACUCUUCUCUCAAAAAGUCGACGAAGUCUUCCAAAGAUUUGUGAAAAGGUUGGAAGGAAGCGAUGGAGGAUUAAAACAAGUUCUCAGAUACGAUUUCGGUGGAAUCCCUUUACCUUAUUCCUCUCAGUCACCUAUUACUCGAAAACUCUUUUCAGGAUGUGAAAAGCCUCUAGGCAAGAAUCAAGAAUUAGAUGUCGAUUCUUUAUAUAACAUUGAUGAGAAGGUAAUCAAGCGAUGUGAAGGAUGUGGAGGCAAAAGAACAUUUGAAUUGCAAUUGACUCCAUACUUGAUUUCGUUAUUGAAACCCGAUACGAUAUCUACCACUGGACAAGAAGGAGAUAAGAAGAAUGCUCAAGAGAAAUUGACAGAAGAAGAAAGGAAGAAGGAAUUGCAAGAAUUGGCCCAAAAGAUUAAAGCUGGUAAUGCCGAUGGCAAUGAUGAAGUGGAGAUGGAAUGGGGUAAUAUCAUGGUUUUUGGAUGUGAGAAUGAUUGUAUAGGUUUGAAUGAGGAAGUUGUAGGUGUAGAGUGGGAGAUGGGUUUGUAA